CAGGGGCGGACUGACCAUUUGGAAACCCGGGCGCUGCCCGAGGGCCCGGGUUCAGUAGGGGGCCCCAUGAGAUGUCCCUGGUACCUUUUUCAUAGGUUUUUUUGAGUUUGGGCAAGGACACAGGGGCCCCAUGAUCCCCUAUUGCCCGGGGGCCCCAUGAGUUGUCAGUCCGCCCCUGCUUUCCGAAUUGGUGUCACUGUAAAUAUUUUUCUACUUCCAAGGCCUGGGUAUUGUUUUUCCUUAUCACAUCUCACAUGGGUUGUA